AAUUUUCUUUCUCGUGCAUAAAUAGAGGACAUACAUGCCGAAACAGCUAUGCUUAUCUAUAGUUUCAUUUGGCUAGAAAAGGCUGUGCCUCAUUUAUCAAACCCUUUCUCUCUCUUAACUCGAGAUCUGAACUCACUCUGAUGGAGCAAAGUAAGGAGAAAAAUGCUCCCUGGUUAUCAGUGCCACAGUUUGGGGACUGGGAUCAGAAGGGACAAGUGCCAGACUACUCUCUGGAUUUCUCUAAAAUUCGGGAAAUGAGGAAGCAAAACAAGACAAAUAUUUCAAGGGCAAGUCUUGGUAAUGAAGAGGAACUGAUGGCUUCUUCUACCAAUAACACUACAAACACUGUCCACAGUGAUGAACACCAGCACCAGCAUCCUCACUACCACCAAACCAGCUCUCCAACUGUAAGAUUCCUCACGAGCUUUGUCAUUCAUUAUGUUAUUAGCUAUAACUUUUUUACGGUCUUAGCUACUAAUUUUUGAAGUAGUCACCAUUGCUACCCACUAGAGUACCUGUAGGUUUUCUUUUUUCAGAAAGAUUGGUGGGUAGUUAUUGUGGGAACAUAAUUCACAUUGAUUCCUGCAAUAAUUGACAGCUUAGGGAAUGACUGUCUCAUGCAUCUUUUACUUAACAGGUGCAGUGAGAAUAUUUGAAAUAAGGAAAAGUUUUAAACACACUGAUCACCUGUUUUCGUCCACCAAGGCAUUGAUCGAGUCAAGUUUUUAAUUAAAAUAACAUUUUAUUGUCAUAUGAGCUGAUAUUUAGACAACUCCUUAUCAAAUUUUUCCUUUCUCUUCCUUUACAAAUCAUCUACACUAAUAUCUAUUUUAUUUCAUUAUGUAAGAUUCCUCUUUUCCAGUUAAUUCAUUUUUUUUCUUUUUGGAAAUAUCAGUGUUAAAGAAACUAGCCUCAAAUCUUCAUUGGUUUGAAUUAAAAAACAAAUAAGGAAUAAAUUGAACUUGACAUUUCAAUCGUCUGUCUGCCCCCUUUAAUACCAAAAUAUAUUUGGAAAAAGGAUGAAAAACAAAAGAAUUCAAUUAACUAAAUAAUGUUUUAGGCAAGCGAAACACAAAAUUCUGUAG